AUGGGGGGAAGGCAGAGGGCUGCAUGCAGGAGCAGAACAGCAGAGGCUGGGGACCAGGAGCUAAGCGUUCUGCGAAAGGAGGCUGUGCUGAGCCUGUCCACACUGGCAUAUGUAAAUAAAGUCCUCAGCAGUUCAGAAAGCUGCCUCAGUCUCCAGCCAGGUCGUGCACUGCUGGUCCUCCUGUUGUCUGCAACAGUCUCUCUCCUGGGCGGGUUGAUAUUUGGAUAUGAGUUGGGGAUUAUCUCUGGUGCGCUGCUGCAGUUGCAGACAGACUUUCACCUCAGCUGCUUCAAGCAGGAAGUUCUUGUGAGCUCCCUACUCAUCGGAGCUCUCCUUGCCUCACUGGUUGGGGGGAUCCUCAUUGACCGCCACGGAAGGAGGAGAGCAAUCCUGGUCAGCAACUUGGUCCUGUUGUUUGGCAGCCUUAUUCUGACAUUGGCAAGGUCAUUUAUCGGGCUGGUCAUUGGGCGCAUGACCGUAGGCUUUGCAAUCUCUGUCUCAUCCAUGGCCUGCUGCAUCUAUGUCUCAGAAAUGGUGGCUGCUCAUCAGCGAGGACUGCUGGUGUCUCUCUAUGAAGCAGGCAUCACUGUAGGCAUCUUACUGUCAUAUGCACUGAAUUACAUCUUUGCAGACCUGGCUGAGGGAUGGAGGUACAUGUUUGGACUCGCCAUCGCCCCAACUGCCAUGCAGUUCCUUAGCAUCCUCUUUCUCCCAGUGAACCCCGUUAAAUUAAACUCUUGGGACUCAGACUCCCAGAAGGGUCUCAUUCAACUACAGAGCAUGGAAGACAGAGAGGUAGCAAAGCGGGAAUCAUAUAAGGAGAAGCAUUACUCUUUUCUUGACCUUUUCAGGACUAGAGACAACAUGAGAAGCCGAACUCUGGUGGGCCUGGGACUGGUGCUCUUCCAGCAAUUCACUGGGCAGCCCAAUGUCCUGGGCUAUGCUUCCAAAAUCUUCCAUGCAGUGGGAUUCCAGAGCAAUUCUUCAGCAAUCCUGGCUUCUGUUGGGCUGGGGGCGAUCAAGGUCGUUGCCACGCUCGUUGCAAUGGCAUUUGCAGACAAGGCUGGCAGGAGAGCGUUACUCAUUGCUGGCUGCGUUGUGAUGGCGAUCUCUGUCACCACUAUUGGCCUCACGAGCCGCACCACUCCGCUGGCCAUGGCCAGGGACUGUAAGGCAGCCGCAGACCCCAACACCUCCCACGGUUACACGCAGCAUCCCCUGAUGCCAGUAUCCUCCCGGCCCCCUGUGUCAUACCUCCCACCCACAUUAGGGGUUGGCAGAAGCCAGACAGGCCCUGGUUUUGCUGCCGCAAGGGGUGCACAAAGCAGAGGUGUUGUUACCAGUUCUUCCCACAUUCAGAAAGUGGACUUGGAAGGUCAGUCUGAAAAAGAGACUGUGGAAAGCACACGAUCUCCUGUCAGUAGAGUUCCCUUUACAAAACACAUGAUUUUAAAUUGGAUUACACUGCUGAGCAUGAUGGCAUUCGUGAGCGCAUUCGCAAUUGGGUUUGGACCAAUGACCUGGCUGGUCCUCAGUGAGAUCUACCCUGCUGGAAUAAGAGGAAGGGCCUUUGCCUUCUGUAACAGCUUUAAUUGGGCUGCUAAUUUACUGAUCAGUCUCUCGUUCUUGGAUCUGAUUGAUGCCAUUGGUUUCUCUUGGAUGUUUCUUCUCUAUGGAGUGAUGGGAGUGAUGGCUGUUAUAUUCAUUUAUCUUUUUGUUCCGGAAACAAAAGGACAAUCCUUGGAGGAGAUAGACCAGCAGUUCUCACAGAAACGGUUGUGGAAAAGAAACAUGUUUCAACCAAGACGUGGAAGAAGGGCAAGCUGCACACAAGCUCAGUACCAACUCGUGGAGUGCACCAACAGCACGUGAAACAGCUGACAUGCUGUCAGCAUUGCCACGAGGAAAGGAGCAGCCUCUGGGCCAUCAGGAGAUACCUCUUCAAUGGCCUUCCAACCAGUGAUCCCUGCUCAGAGAGAGGUCUCACUGCAGUGCCUUAAACCUUGGGAGAGUAGCAGUAUCUAUCCUUUGGGUCCUUGGAGAAUCCCUGGUUGCAGGCAGGAAACACAUCCUUCCUUUGGUAUCCUUUACUGUUCAAGAGAUACCAUAAUCUGUGUCUUCCAUUAUUUAAAAGGUUAACGGUUUUGUAUGUAGGAAAUAAAGCACUACUUUGG